UUUUGGUCAUGUCGUCCGUGUACGAUCAUGUCAAAAAAGGAUCACUCAAGUUUAAGGGUGGUGAUUCUACACCUAUAAAAAAAAAGAAAAAGAAAUCAAAGUCAAGCAAAGAAAAAUUAGAACAUGCUUUGCGUGAGGAAAAACAAAUUAUUCAAGUUGUUGAAAAAACAGAAGCGCAGCGUAAAUUUGAGGAAAUACAACGUCAAAGACAAAUGGAAAGGGUCUCGAAAGCAGCAUUGAAAUCACAUAAAGAUCGGGUGCAAGAAUUUAAUCAAAAACUGGAGAAACUUAGUGAACAUCAUGACAUUCCUAAAGUUGGCCCAGGCUAAUAGUGGAUAUUGUUCGAAUACAUAUAAAUUUAUUUAUAUUGUAUUUAACUGUUGAAUAUAAACAUGCUUGCAUAUAAAUAAAAUAGUAUAAAUAUAUUGUAUACAUAAA